CAACCAAACCUGCAGUGCAUGAGGAAGCUUUUCCGUCUGCAAACACAAUAAUGGCUGCCGCCCAGCUGCUUUGUUGCAAGGCUAGCCUACGAAUCGAAACCGGCGUAUUAACGACGUCUGCGUCUUUGCUUUGAUACAUUUGUUACUUCAGUUGCGUCAGUGGUAUUGCUGCUCUCCCACAAUGCAUUGCCAGAGGCGUUUGUGUUCAUCCCACAGACCAGUAUAACAAUUACCUCCACUCCUUCUAGCCCAAGUCAGAGCAACAAAACUGGAAGGUUUCCCCUGACUCAACUUGUUUAUUAACUAACUGCAGCUAUGUCUGGUUCUGGUGACUUACCAGCCAUCGAGGGUUCUGGGAUGGGUGGGAUGAAGCUCCCCGUCGGAAUGACUCGGCGGGCCCUCAGCUACGACGACAACCUGGAGGCCCCCAUGUCCACGCCGCCCCACGACAUCAGCAUCAACAACCUGUGGAGGCGGCCUGUAAUACCGGAGAGGAAGUUCUCCCAGCUGGCCGAGGAGGAUGAAGGCGGCGCCGUCAAACAGGCUGCCGGGCAGGAUGGCGGCCUCUUCAAGGCUCCUGCUGUGGUGAAAACUAAGGCGUCGUCCAUCAUCAUGAAUUCUCUCAUAACCAAGCACACUCAGGAAAGCAUGUACAAGUUUGAGCAGACGGCGGGCCUCACCGACACCAGUUACACUCCACACAAAGGCCUGACAGCGGAGGAGACGAGACACCACCACCGCGUCCCCGAGUCCCUCCAGAAGCUGCAGAUCCAAAGCCUGGAGGCCAGAGAAGAGAAAUCCUCCUCUGCCCAGUCCACUCCAUCGAACACUCCGCACAGCUCGCCGAAGCAGCAGCGCAGAGGCUGGUUCGGGAGUACAGGGUCAGAGGUCAGCAUCAGCUCCUCUAACAGCAGUGUGGACAUGGGAGGAGGAGGAGCGGCGGGAGAUCCAGGCGUAGGUGGAGCGGUCGAGCGGUGGGGCGUGUUUGGGCCUCGACUUCCUGUCCAGAGUUCAGCCUCUGACGUGGGACCAGAUGGUUCUGCUGCAGCAGGCUUUGCCAUCCAGGCGUACCGUGGAGCCCAGAAGCCGACCCCCAUGGAGGUGAUGAAGUCGCAGGCCACGCGACUGGCUGACAACCCCCAGAGGGUGUCCCCACCCAAAAUGGAGAUCCCCACGGUAGAGGGCCGGCGGCAGGGAGCGCGGCCCCACAAGCUCAAACACCGAGACAUGAACAUCCUGACGCCGUCCGGCUUCUGAGACGAACGCCGUCGAUACGACCAAGGUCCCACGACAUGAAAAAAACGCCCCAGGGUCCCUCAUUUUACUGUUCACAGUCUCUUAAUGUUCAGGUUAAACAGAAACAUGAGUCUUGGCAUUUCCAAAGACAUUUUGUGCUUGCUGCUCAUUUCAUGUUUCUAUUUUCUAUAUAUCAUUAAUAGAAUAAACUCCAGUCAGAGUGAAAGCAUUUGAAACCCCCCUGGGUUUGAUUUAUUUAUUUAGGAGGAAUUCAAAAUUUAUUGAAAUACAUUGAGUUUGGAACUUGAGAGCUCUGACCAUCUAUCAUAACUGUAAUGUCAAACAAGUGGUGAGCUGAACUCCAGCUGAAGGUUUUUCAGAAGCAGAGCUCUACAGUUCAGACGUUCAGCAGCUCAGACUGGGUUCAUGCUAGAGCAUAGUUAGCUUCAUUUAGCUAAUCUGUAAAAAUAAUGUUCAAUAUUUUCUUCCCUCAUGUUUUUGGUUUAUGUCACCUUGUUUAUUAUGUUGACAAUUUUUACCCAGCUUUUUUUUUUGUUUGUUUAUUUUACAAAAAAUAGUUAGCAUGAAAAACAUAGUUUCAUCUUUGGAUUAAUUCAUUGGCAUUUACCCUCCCUUCACCCCUUCCUGCUUCACAUGCAUGUAUUUUACUCAUUUUUUUGUUUUUUAUAUUUUUAGUCAAGUAUUUUCAUGAAUUAUGCAGAUAAAGGUGCGUAAAAAAGUCAAAUCACAUGUAAAAUGUAAUCUAUUUCUGCUAUAUUUUGUCUUAUUUCCAUUGAUUCUUAUGACAUUAACGCCCCGAUCAAACCAAAAUAACGUUUUAUGUUAGAUGUUAUUUGAGUCACAUUUCCUGAGCAAUAUUACCGAGCAUUAGGGCCGUUGCAGAUAAAAAAUGAAGUGGAAGAAAUAAUGUGGCCAAACUCAGAAAUUCUUAAAUCAUCUUCACAUAUUUAUGAGAAAACAAUUAGAUAUUCUCCCAUGUCGAAUGUUAACACAGGGGAAAAAAAGUAAUUUUACACGAUUAAGAGCAUAAAUUGUGAUGUAUUUGCUGACUUUAUGUAAUCAGACAUUCGCCACAGAAAAUGCAGCAGUUGUAAAUGUUUCCUGUAUGUGAACAUCUCCAGAGUUCAGACUCCAUGCAGCUUUCCUCUCAGUGUUUAGGCGUUUAUCCAGGUCCUGUUUGAGGCGUUCAUGGCGAAUCCAAACCCAGAAUAUCUCAUUCUUUUACUUGCAAAUAUUUAACAUUAAUGUAGAAGAUUUUGAGUUUUUUUUGUUUUUUUGUUUGUUUUUUUUAUCUCCAGCAGCCCAGAUACUCUUUCAUGUUGACAGCACUCUGAGGAAAAUUCUUCUGAAUUGACAGCUAACAAAGUCCAAAACAACAAAGGUCAAAAUAGUCACUGAAAGAUUUCCUGCUCGCUACAUUUAUCGUGAUUCUUUUGUUUUCAGCCUACUGAACUCUGUUGUAUUCAUGUCACUAUUUUUGCUGGGUACCAAACGAAAAUCACUUUUCAUGAAACCUGUGAGCCGUAACCACUUAGUAUAAAGUUUCCAACAUGUCCGCCACAAACACCUCAGCAGAAAAAAAGUUAAACAUUUCUAUAUGUUCUGAUGUUGUGUGUAAAAUCAAAUCGUCUCUUUCACCUUCUGCUCUUUAAACUGUUAUAUAAAAGCUUCAACUUGACGUCAGCCUACAGACACCUGCUGUUUUGUUCAGCUGAAGUUAAAACGCGAUUAUGGUCCCAGAUGUAACGAUGCACUUUAUCCCCUGUAGAAACUGUUUUCAUUUGCCUUGUUAAUGAGACACCAAGCAGGACGGGACGAAGAAGUCGAACCACUUUAGUGGUGAUCAAACCAACAGAGCAAAAAUAUUCCAGAUAUAUUGUAAAAGUUGUCUCAGGAAGAAUUGACAGGCUCCUGCCCUGUGGAAGGUUAAGCUGAAUUAUUUAAGUUUUUUUUUUUUCUUCCUUUUUCGUUGUACAUAUUUAACAUAUUCUAACUUUACAGACAUUAUUCCAGUUAGAAAUCAAAAGGAUGAAGACAUCCAGAGUUCAAAUCAGAGAUCUGUUCUCCCCCUGAGCUCAAACGUCUUGUAAAGAAAUGUGAAAUUUUCACUAAUUGAACUCACUUUUCUCCAUUGUUUUUACUGACGGCUGCAUUUGAAGGAAUUUGUUUUUUACAACAUUUUUUUUAUAUACAUAUAUAACUUUAACACUUUAUAUAUUUUCUCCCUAAAUAACAAAAUAUGGUCUUACUGCCAAGUUAUCUUAAUUUAGCUAAGUUAUUUACUGUGCUGGUUUGCAGGUGAUGGCUAACAUUAUAUAUAAACGUUUCUGUAAAAUUACCCAUGCAAAGCAUCUUCAUUAAGAACUUAAGUUGUUUUUUUUUUAUUGGCACCGUUGACCAUAAAGUGAACCUUUUUUUUUCUUAUUACUAUUUUCUGAU